CAGAGGGGCCACCAUGAGAGUGAAGUUGUCUGGACAGCCUCUGACCUCACAAUACCCACUGGGCCAGCCUUGCAACUUGCAAACUCUGGCGCCCUCCUCCAGCCCGGGCAAGGCCCGGGGCCCUGGGCAGCCUCCAGGUGCAGUGCCCUCCGGUGGGCCGCGCCCUUCCCGCUGCCCUGGGGCAUGUCUCUACUCACCAAUUAUGAGGGGCUUCGGCAUCAGAUCGAGAGGCUAGUGCGGGAAAACGAGGAACUGAAGAAGCUGGUGCGGCUCAUUCGGGAGAAUCACGAGCUUAAGUCGGCCAUCAAGACGCAAGCAGGUGCCCUGGGCCUCAGCGGGUUCGGCAGCGGGCUUGGUGAGGCGUCAACUGGACCUACUCAACACCAGGGUGUCUUCCUGUCCCCGGCCCCAGCCGCAGCCAAUGAACCUGCCCUGGACGAAGUGGGGCUGGCGCCCAUGGCGGACAUGCUAAACAGCCCGCAGCCCAGCCCCAUCAGCAUGCUGCUGUCCUCCCUAGGGCCCAUGUCCCAGAACAGCGCGCUCUACAGCCUCCUGGCCAACCCCAUGGCAACGUCCAUGCCGAGCGCCAUGGCCAGCUCUCUGGGCCUGCCCUCCACCGGCUCCCUGACUCCGCAUGGCCACCUGAGCGGCUCCAUGAGGGCGUCCCCAGCGGCCACUCUGACCAGCAGCCUGGGCCUGCCUUCCACCGGCUCCCUGACGCCAAGCAGCCCCCUGGUGGGCCCCCUGUUCACCUCCACGACUGCCCCCCCAGGUGUUUCUCAGAACCUGGCCAACCCCGCGACCAAUGUGGAGGCCCCCCGGGUGCGGCUGGCAGAGUCCCCCCAAGGACCCGCCUCUGGACCCCACCCCUCAGCUGGCGCUGCGGGGCCUGCUGCCGCCCGCAAAAUCCCCCUCUCCACCGAGCACCCCCUGCCGACCCAGGACCCCGAGUCCUUCAGCAUGACGUUCGUGGGUGGGCCCAUCCAGACCUCCACCCCUGUCGGCGCCGUGGGCACGCCGGGCUCCGCGAACGCCUUCUCCUUCAGCACCUCAGAGGCCCAGACUCAGCCGGGUGCCCCUCAGGGACCAGCGGCGGCUGUCCUCAUCCCCACCACCCCCGCCACCCCCGCCAUUGUCCUCUCUGCCCCUGAUCCUGCUCCCCCAGCUGCCACCCAUCACAGCCCCUCCAACACCGCCCACAUUGCCCAGGGCACCACCCACUCUGGCACCCGAGUGAACCCCUCCUCGGCCCGGCCCUCAGCCACCUCCCCUCCACGGUACCCCCACUCCCCACCCCGCACCGCCUCCUCCCCUGCUUCUGUCAACGGCCCACGCGGCUCGGAAACGGCUCGGAAGAGCAUCCUGGACUUGGAGCGGAAGCUGGCCCACCGCAAGACCAGCAAGUUCCCCGAGAGCCCCCGAGGUCGGUGCUGUCCCGGGGUUAACACCUGUCCGGGGGCUCCGGGCCGCCCUCAGAGACCCCCCCGGGCACCUGCCUGGGCUAUAGACCACGCCACGGCCCACCCCCUCCGCCCCUUGCCGCCCCCAGAGCCGAAGCAGCUGGCCUUGGAGAGGUUGGUGGGGGAGAUCGCCUUCCAGCUGGACCGCCGGAUCCUGUCAAGCAUCUUCCCGGAGCGCGUGCGCCUCUACGGCUUCACCGUCUCCAACAUCCCCGAGAAGAUCGUCCAGGCCUCCCUGAACCCCAAUGACCACAAGCUGGAUGAGGAGCUGUGCCAGACGCUCACCCAGCGCUACGUGAGCAUCAUGAACCGGCUGCAGAGCCUGGGCUACAACGGGCGGGUGCACCCGGCGCUGACCGAGCAGCUGGUGAAUGCCUACGGCAUCCUGCGCGAGCGGCCCGAGCUGGCCGUGUCCGAGGGCGGCUCCUACACCGUGGACUUCCUGCAGCGCGUGCUGGUGGAGACGGUGCACCCCAGCAUGCUCACGGACGCGCUGCUGCUGCUCUCCUGCCUCAGCCAGCUGGCCCACGACGACGGCAAGCCCAUGUUCAUCUGGUGACGGCCGCCUGCCCCGCCGGCCCAGGCUCGCUUCGUCCAGCUCCCCCACGCGUAGACAUUAAAGAUUCCCACGGAUGCUGGCCGCGGGGCCUGCCCGCACUCCUGGACGUGCUGCUUCCUUGGGUGGUUCCCAGUGCCCGCUCCUCUUUGCCCGGUCAGUCCUGCCGGCCCUGGGGCAGCUGCCUGGCCGAGGGGGGGUUCAGAAGGCCCCAAGGCUCCCUUGGCCUGGCCAUGGGAGCCGCAAGAGGCCCUGAGACUUGGCGGGAAGAGCAAGAAGCAGGAAGGAGCCGAGCUGGCAGGGAAGGGCUGUGGCAGUGCCUGCACCCCUGGCCACAAGUGUGGGCUGAGGCCUGGGUGCAAUGCAGAAGGCAGACUGAACGCAAGAGGAGGAUGUGGCUGUGGGAGUUCCUCCUUCUGGACCAGGCAGCGAUAA